AUGGUGUUCGGGUUUACAUUCGCACAAGAGACUGCAGCGGCCGUCGCCGUCGGACUUGCUUGCUUGCUCAUCGCCAAGGUCGUGGUAGUCUACCGCCGCAAAGCUCGGAUUGCCAAAGGGCUCGCCCAUCUACCGAGUCUUCCGGGCCACAAACUACUGGGCAACUUGGUGCAACAAGGCGAGCACAUCCACGACCACUACUACUGGAAGCUGGAGCUUUUCGAGACGCUUGGGAGCACGUAUGCGAUGCGCGUGGACCUGCUUCUGGACGGCUCCGUGUGCACCUCGAGCGCUGCCAACGUCCGACAUAUCCUCGCGACCAACCACACGAACUACGUCAAGCCAGCGAUGAUGCAGCGCGCGCUCGGCGAGCUCAUGGGCAGCGGCAUCUUCAACGUCAAUCCAUCCGCCUCGUCGAGCUGGAAGGCCCAGCGCAAGAUCCUCGCGUCGCUCUUCUCGACCAACGCCAUCAAGACGCUUAUGGACACCAUCUUCCUCGAGCACACGUCAGCGCUCCUGUCGGAGAUCGAAACACUAGGCGACGGUGCGCUCCUGGACGUCGAGGCCACUGCGCUGUCGCUGACGACCAAGUUCACUUAUGCCAUGGCGUUUGGGCUCGUCUUUGAGACCGAGAACGCCACCGAGUUUCGAGACCUUUUUCGGGAAGCGAGCAACCUCAGCGUCUCGCGCUUCACGCAGCCGUGGUACCAUUGGCUCGGCUGGUUCAUGCCGUCCGAGUACCGCCUCGCGCGUGUCAUGCGGCGCAUCAACGCGCUUUGCCGCGACACGAUCCGCACCAAGCGGCUCAGCGCCACAAGGGGCGACGACCUUCUCUCGGAGCUCCUCCGGCGCCAGGAAGCCGGCAACGACAUGAUUUCCGACACCUUUAUCCGCGACAUGAUGAUGACCAUGAUGCUUGCGGGUCGGGAGACGGUCGGGAGCGGCCUCGCGUGGGUCAUUUACACGGUGAGCAAGCACCCUAUCGUCGAAGCGCGGCUCGUAAGCGAGCUGCAAGCCGGUGAGAUUUCCUACGUGGGCGUCGGAUGCAUGUCGUACCUCGAUGCGGUCGUGCGUGAGACCUUACGCCUCUUCCCGCCUGUGCCGUACGAGCUCAAGCGCGCUGUCACGGACGAUGUAUGGCCCGACGGCACGUUUGUCCCGGCGGGAACCAAUGUCGAAUUUUCGCCAUUCGCAAUGGGUCGCAACGAAACCCGGUGGCCACAGGCGACGACGUUCUCGCCCGAGCGUUGGCUAAAUGACGCUCCACGACCAAGUGCGUUCGAGUACCCGGUCUUCAACGCUGGUCCGCGCAGCUGCGUCGGCCAAACCGUCGCGCUUCUCCAGCUCAAGGUUGUCGUCGCAAGCCUCUACCAGCGCUUUACGUUUGAUCUUAUUUCGCCGCUCAACGAGCCAGCGUUCGAGCUCGGUAUCGGUCUCUUCUCCCAGGACAGCAUUCAAGUCCGCGCCCGCAACCGGGAUUCAUUGUAG